ACAAAUUCUGACGAACUCAAUCGUCAUGAAACGAAAAUACAGUGAUGCGUUUCUUUAGCUUGGUUUCAUACAAACUUUGAUAAAUAACGAGGAGCGCCCAAAAUGUGUUUUGUGCAGGGAAGUGCUUAGUAAUGUUCAAAACGAACAAAUUAAAACGACAGGUCUUGACCAAACACCCACAGCAUGACGGUAAACCCGGAACAGGGCAGAAUGCAUCAGGAAACCGUGCUUCGACAGUGGGAAAAAGUGAUAGACGCCGCAGAAGUUUCUCCACUGAAGAGGACAAAGCCACAUGCAGUGGCAGAGAAUGUGAUAUCGGUGCUGAAGUUCUCCAAGUUGUCUGAACAUGCCACUGCUCCUACCCGGGGCUCUGCUAAAGCUGCAGGAUACGACCUGUUCAGUGCCUAUGACUACAGUAUUGGUCCUAUGGACAAGGCUAUCGUGAAGACUGACAUCCAGAUAGCAGUUCCGUCAGGCUGCUAUGGCAGAGUGGCACCACGGUCUGGCCUGGCUGCAAAACACUUCAUCGAUGUUGGGGCUGGAGUAGUGGAUGAGGACUAUAGAGGUAAUGUAGGGGUGGUGCUGUUCAACUUCAGCAAGGAAACCUUUGAAGUGAAAAAAGGGGACCGUGUGGCUCAGCUGGUGUGCGAGAGGAUCUGCUACCCAGACCUACAGGAGCUAAAGACUCUGGAUGAGACUGAGCGUGGGGCUGGAGGAUUUGGCUCCACAGGCAGCAACUGAUACAUCAACAUUGUAAAUAAACCAGCUUAUUAGUUAUGUCAUUGUACAAUAAUUACAUUGUUUAAUAAAGAUUGUUAUUAUCCCUUUG